AUGGAAGCACCGCCCGCGGCCGCCUACGCGACGUCCGACUUCCCAGAAGCGGCUGAGCCUUCCGAAGAAGAAAAGAAGGAAGCCUGCGCUAUCGGUGAUGGCAACACGCCUGAAACGACUCUACUGUCUCGAAUGUCCACGAGUUCUUACUCACUGUCAAGUGAACUACUGGCGAGCUGGCAGCCCUAUGAACCAGUCUCCACGAGACAAGUCAGCGCAGGGAUCCAUCGCGCACGG